UGGGCGAUUCACAUAUCCUCCUCAAAGUCAUCUAACUUUUCUCCUUCUCCCUCACCUGCGGGUCUGCCAUUUACCUUCUCUUCUUUCCUAAAGUUCCUAGCUCCCACACCUUCUCUUCCCUUUGUUUUUGGUGGGAUCGAUUAAAGGCCUUUGAUUUUUAGAUCAGAUGACCACUUCUCCUUUUUGGCUAUUUACAAUCAUUGAAACCCGAAAGUGAUUUUUUUUUUUUUCUUUUUUUUUUCCUCUCUUUUUCCUUUCCUUCUGGCCGGGUCUGAUAAUUGAUAGAAAAGAGCUGAGCUCGAGUAGGUCUGGCGGUUAGAACUGAUCAGCUGGACCCAUGGCUGCACCGCCAAGUAGCCGGCUUCAAAGCAUGUUGCAGGCGGCGGUGCAAUCGGUUCAAUGGACUUACAGUCUAUUCUGGCAAAUCUGCCCACAACAAGGGAUCUUAGUUUGGGCAGAUGGCUAUUACAAUGGAGCAAUUAAGACUCGGAAAACGGUGCAACCAAUGGAGGUUAGUGCCGAGGAGGCAUCUCUUCAGAGAAGCCAGCAGCUUAGAGAGCUCUACGAUUCAUUGUCCGCCGGAGAAACAAACCAGCCCGCCCGGCGGCCUUGUGCCUCCUUAUCACCAGAGGACUUGACCGAGUCGGAGUGGUUUUAUUUGAUGUGUGUCUCCUUCUCUUUUCCCCCUGGUGUGGGGUUACCGGGAAAGGCAUAUACAAGGCGGCAGCAUGUAUGGCUCACCGGUGCAAAUGAUGUCGACAGCAAAAUCUUUUCCAGAGCCAUUCUUGCCAAGAGUGCUCGUAUUCAGACUGUAGUAUGCAUUCCUCUCCUGGACGGCGUCGUUGAAUUUGGCACAACAGAUAAGGUGCAAGAAGACCUUGGGUUUAUCCAACACGUCAAAACCUUCUUCGCCGACCACCCCCACAACCACCACCAGCAGCCUCACCCACCAAAACCUGCUCUCUCCGAGCACUCCACAUCCAAUCCCGCCACGUCGUCCGACCACCCUUCCCGCUUCCACUCUCCUUCGGUCCCGCCCAUGUACGCGGUGGCUGACCCACCGGUCAACGGCAACCCAGAAGACGAAGAGGAAGAGGAAGAAGAAGAGGAGGAGGACGAGGAUGAGGACGGAGAGUCCGGCUCGGAGGCCGAAACUGGCCGUGACGGACGGCCCAACAUCGCAGAGGCCCAAAACCCUCAGGGAAUAGCCGCCGCCGAGCCGAGCGAGCUCAUGCAGCUGGAGAUGUCAGAGGACAUCCGACUAGGCUCGCCAGACGACGGGUCGAACAAUUUAGACUCGGACUUUCACAUGCUCGCCGUGAGCCAAUCGGCCAUCCCCACGAACCACCAGCGCCAAGCCGACUCGUACAGGGCCGAGUCGACUCGGAGAUGGCCACUGGUACAAGACCCAUUAGGCGCCAGUGGAAUGCAAGUUCAACCACCAGAUUCAGGAACCCCCCCUCCGCUAGACGAAUUGACACAAGAAGACACCCACUAUUCCCUAACGGUCUCCACCAUCCUCCAAACCCAAAGCCAGCCCAGCCGAUGGGCCGAGUCUUCAUCCACAGCCUACAUCCCUUACUCCACCCAAUCAGCAUUCGCCAAGUGGACCAUCCGUGGGGACCCACACAUCCAUGUUCCUGUCGAGGGCACAUCCCAGUGGCUCCUAAAGUAUAUUCUAUUCAGCGUACCAUUCCUCCACACCAAGUAUCGUGACGAAAAUUCGCCCAAGCUGCGCGACGGCGACGCCACCACUCGGUUUAGGAAGGGAACCUCACAAGAUGAGCUCAGCGCCAACCAUGUCCUCGCCGAGCGCCGUCGCAGGGAAAAGCUCAACGAAAGGUUCAUUAUACUAAGGUCAUUGGUGCCGUUUGUAACCAAAAUGGACAAGGCCUCAAUAUUAGGGGACACGAUUGAAUAUCUUAAACAAUUACGUAAAAAGAUUCAGGACCUAGAGGCGCGUAACAGACAGAUGGAGGUUGAUCAUCAACGGUUGAGAUCGGGGGACCUACAAAGGUCUAAUAGUUUGGGGGACCUACAAAGAUCCAAUAGUUUAAAGGACCAGCGAAGUGGACUAACAGUAGUGGACCGGCCCCGAUCGGGUCAAUCCGGGCCAGAUAAGAGGAAGUUGAGGAUUGUCGAGGGGAGCUGCGGUGGUGCAAAACCCAAGAUGGUGGAGUCACCACCACCGCCGCCACCGCCACUGCCACCGCCACCGCUAUCACCAACCUCGAUGGAGACCUCGGUACAGGUGUCAAUCAUAGAGAGUCAGGGGUUAUUGGAGCUCCAAUGCCCUUAUAGGGAAGGGUUGUUACUUGACAUCAUGCAAAUGCUCCGGGAGCUCCGGAUUGAGACCACGACAGUCCAAUCUUCACUGAACAAUGGGUUCUUUGUAGCUGAAUUGAGAGCCAAGGUGAAGGAAAGUGUUAAUGGGAAGAAAGCAAGCAUUGUGGAGGUGAAGAGGGCCAUAAAUCAAAUCAUUCCCCAUACUGACCCUUAGAUAAUUGCAGAAUAUGAGAGGGGGGGAACCCGUAAAUUACUGACUAAUCGAUGUAGUAGUGUACAAUUAUAGUGUUUUUCUGAUUGUCGUUGAGAUCAAGUAGUCAAUCUCCCCCAGUGUAAUCUAACAAAGUGUAUGUGUAAUAGCAUAAAAAUGCCAAGAAAUGCAAGAUGGAAUUUCUCGAAUAAACGCCUGUUGAUACA